AUGAGAUUCGGCACAGCCGAAUAUAACACUCUUACUUGUUUCAAUUCAUCUUGAAUAUUACUAGUGUGACUCAAACUCGGACAAGUCUCACAAAUAAAUUUUAUAGUUCUGUGUAGUGUCAGUGUGGUAAAAUAAACCACAACAAGCACAACCUACUGACUAUUGUGACUUAGUUACAUGUUGAGGCGCCAUUAUAGUAAAAGAUGAGAAAAAAAGUUACAGUGUACAGUGUAUAUGUGAGACACUGUAUGUUUGUACAGCAGAAGACAACCAAAUCAAAGAGGCAGGAACAAAUAAUACAGGGGGCUAAUUACCGCAGUCGAACACGAUCGAAAUUUAUUCGUACUUGCGAGAUUUUAUACUUUUGAGAUUCUGUCAUUCGCUAUCGAGUAAAGUGUAUCGAAAUUUCUAAUGAUGUUACUCGAUAACAACCUUGUGUUCGAAUGCAACCGUGUGAGUUUUCAGUCGUUAGCAAAUUACCAAUCGAAAUUAUAUUUUUCAAAGAAUUCGUUGGAAGAAAAGAAAAUGUAAGACAAUUUUAUUUUAUUUCUUUUGAAAAAAUACUAAUUUUUAUUAAUUAUUAGGUCGAAUACAACAAAAAUUAACUUCAGACAAAAGCAAAUUCUUGCUGAGUUUAUGUCAGAGCACACUGAUUUGGCCAAAGGAGUUCUACCAAAUACAUCACAAGGAAAAGCAACAGCCAAUAGACUAUGGGAAAACUUAGCCCUAAUGCUAAAUGCUUCUGGUCCACCAUUGAAGGAUGCUAAAACGUGGCGAAAGGUGUAUGCAGAUCAAAAGCAGUUGGUUAAAAAAAAGGUUUCUUUUAACAAAUCCUCCAAAAAAAAAAAAACUGGUGGAGGCCCUUUUGAGGAGAAACACCUUAGCGUAGCUGAGGAGCAAAUUUUGGAAGCAGCAGGAAUUGAAGUAUCUGUAGUAGGCUUGCAAGAGAUCCGUUCAUUCGGGAAAAAAAAUCAAGAAGUAUAACAAUGUAAUUCUUCUGAAGGUACGAGUACAUCCCAAGGAAAUGAAGCCGACGAAUACAUUUCGGAAGUAAUGGACAUCGUAGAUAAUGAGGAGAAUGAAGAGACGCCUAAAAAAGAUAGAUCACUGCACUUGCCCAUUACAAGAAAAGAGCCAAGAGAAACGAAGACGAGUUUAUUAAAAAAUAAUAUUAGUCCCAAUGAUAAAUACCAUGCUGAAGUUCUUAAAAGAUUAGAUAAAAUAAUAGAAAUUAAAGAAAGAAAAUUAAAAAUGAAUGCGCAAUUACACGACAUCAACAUGGAAAUAAAAAAAAUGAGCUUCAAAUACGGAUAAAGGAAUUAGAAAAUAUUAAUCAACAAUACUAACGGCCAAGCUUACAAUAAAAAAUUGGACCACUACCAAGUUUUUAAUCUAAAAUGAAUUACAUAUUUUUAUUUUAUCAAACUUUUUUUUGGACCACUACCAAGUUUUUAA